AAAUGAAAAACACUCGCUCUAUCUUGAUUUUUAGUCAAUCGAGUAUAACAGUUACAAGAGAGUAGUGAAGCGAUAACACAAUUCUCUUGAAAUACAAAAUCGUACAAAAUCCAACAACGGCGUGGAAAAAACCCAAUUAAUUUAAAUUGUUUACAUAGACACAAAAUAUUACAAGAAAUUUAAUGUUUGAAUUAGUUUGAGUGAAACAAUGGAAUUAAAAAACAAUCGAAAAGAUGACAGGCACAAAUUUCGGAGAUUUUUUUCGCAGUUUUUUGUAGUCUCAGUCGAAAAUUUACACCUUUUCACCUCUGGCGUUUGCUAUGCAUUGCCAACAAUUGUAAUACCUGCUUUGACAAAACAUAGUAAUGAACACAAUAAAAGUGAAUUCCUAACCAUAACAUCUGUUCAAGCGUCAUGGAUGGGUUCAUUUAUGAUUAUACUUAAUUUGUUUGGAAGCUUAUUAUCGGGAUUUGUGACAGAUCCAAUAGGUCGAAAAAGAGCGAUGAUUCUUGUGAGUAUUCCAUUCAUAAUUGGAUUUUGUAUACUGUACCUUUGUACCUCUUCUGUAUCUGCCGUCUUUGUUGGACUUACAUUCCUUUCCUUGGCUGACGGACUGAUGACUACACCAAUCAUGAGCUACUUGGGGGAAAUAAGUGAAGUAUCAAAUCGAAGUCUAUUUAAUGGCUACGGUAACAUUGUUCUAUCCUUUGGAAUCUUUGUGGCUUAUGAAUUAAAUACGAUGAUGUCUUGGCGAAAAGUGUGCUUUAUUUGUGCAAACCUACCGUUAAUUACAGCAAUUGCUGUUUUCUUUUUGCUUCCCGAAACACCACAAUUUCUCCUCUCGAAGAACCGAACUGCUGAGGCCAAAGUGUCGCUCCGCCGCCUGCGAGGAUGGGUGCCAUAUGAAGCUGUAGCUCAAGAAUUCGAAGAUUUACAGCGACAAAGUGAACGAUCAAAAUCAUGUUACACUUGCAUUAAACAAGAUUUAGCAUGUACUCAUGCGCUGCCAACCAUGAGUGAAAAGUUAGCCGAAUUAAAACGAAAACAAACGCUAAAACCACUCUGCAUUAUUAUCACGCUCUUUUUCCUGUUUCCGUUUACGGGCAUUGUGGCAAUGAGACCGUAUAUGUUGCAAAUAUUUAAAGCCUAUAACAGUCCCAUUGAACCGGACCAAGCAGUGACAAUCCAAUCAAUUUUUGAUAUUUUAGGAACAAUAAGUAUGAUGCUCUUGGUUAGGUUCACGGGCAAACGACGACUUUACCUAUUCUGCAUGUCGGCUGUAUUGGUUUGCAGUGCGACCAUCACAUGGUACGGAUUCACAUAUUUACCACCCUCCAGAUAUAUUUCCAUCGAUCAACACAAACCAUUUCAAUUGGACAACAAGGCACUCGAGUACAUUCCAUUCAUUUGUUUGAUGACAUGGAGCUAUUUCACAACGUGCGGUCUCUAUGGAAUUCCUUGGAUUCUGUUCUCCGAAAUAUUUCCAUUCAAAUCGCGUGGCAUCGCUUGCGGUGUGUCAGCUUCCACGUUGUUUGUUUUCGUUUUCAUCGGUGAGAAAACAUACCUUAACUUAGAGGCGACUCUUUCGCUGCCCGGUGUUUCAUUGCUGUUCACUUGCAUUUCCUUCUUCGGUCUUAUGGUGGCGUACAACAUUUUACCAGAAACGGAAAAUCGAUCCUUAGAGGAUAUUGAAUUACAUUUUGCAGACAAUUCCAAAGGGUUGACUGAUCACAAAAUUGCAAUUUCCAAGCCUCAAGACAAAACUCAACUUAUAGAAGGCGACAACAACAACAACAAUCAUUUAUAGACCGAUAAGUGUUAGUGUCAACUUAUAGAAGGCGACAAAAAAAUCUUCGAUUUAGUUUACAUCGGAAUUAGUUUCAGGGACAUUAACUGGAUAUAAUAAAUAAAAUAAAUACACCCUAAUUUACGCUUAUAGUCUG